AUGUGUACAGACGAUGAAGGUGUCCGCAACUCGACCCCACAAGACUACUCGCACAAAAAUAAGGAUUUGCCCCUAAAGCGCCCAAAGUCUCGGAAUAGAGGAGACACCGACAACCUCUGGAAGCAUAUAUGGCGCUCCAGGAAGCUGGUUUCAGCAGUCAAGCAGGGCAGUAGCUAUUUUCAGCUUCUGCAGGAGGAAGAGGAGCAGAAGAAUGAAAAGAGGAGAAAGAAAGAAGAGAGGAGACGCACUGAUCUUCAACACCGAUCCUCCAUCUCUGACUCUGAGAAUGAGGAGGAGAGAAGAUCUGUUAAUGGCGGAGUUUCCUCAUCACCACUGAGGCAGAAUAAUAGAAGGCGGGCCCAACAACUCCGCCCCUUUACCCCGGUCCACCAAUCACUGACUUCAGAUCAGCCACAGGAGCUUUCAGAGGAACAUGUGUAUCGGCAGCUUUGCUGUCUGUGCUGGUUGUUGGAGGCGCUGACUCUGGAACGUUCCGGAAGAAUCGGAUCUGUGGCUUCCUGCUGGGAUGCUAAGGAUCCGGGGCGGAGCAGAAACACUCUGAAGGUUGUGAGCAGAGAGAAGUUGAUUCAGGCCAAGUGGGAGCGAUUCAUCUCUCCACCUAAGUCUCUGUGUCCUGUAACCAGAUUGUCUCACAUCACCUCUCUCACCCACAAGCCUCCAGCGCUCAAUGCCACUUCGUCAUCGGUGUUAACAACUUCGUUGCUAGGCAACAUGUCCUCCUGUGACGUCACUUUUUCGGGUGAAGAGAGCGCGUGUCCGAGUGUCCUGCUGCAGUCUGAGACGGAUCCCCCUGUUUCUAAAUACUUACAGAAGCUGAUAGAUGAAGUUCACCAAAGUGUUUCCAAAGAGCUUUAUGGCUCAACCACAGAGUGCAGCUCUGACACAGAUAUGAUCAGUUUUGAGAAACUCAGAGCCCAGUAUAACACACAGGACAGCAGAGUCACUGGGAAACUGGAGUCACACACAGCAAAAAGUUCACAACGUUCUUUAGCGUCCACCGUAUUUAGCCACGAGAAGGCGGCCAUGUUGAAGGAAAUGAAGCUAAUGUUUAAAGACAGAGCUCAGGAAUUAUCACUGAGAUUAAUGGAUACUCUCGACCUCCAAGCCAAGAAGAGGUGGAUGAGUGGAGUGCAGAGAUAUCAGUCCCUCUCCAACAUGUCUGCCUCCAGAUGUCAUACCUCCUCGGUGCCUUUCACCCUGAGUCCACAAGUGCGGGAGUCUGACACACAAGACAUUCCCUACAGUACCCACUGGCUGUCGGCCUUACUUGGCAGCUUGCCCACUCACAAACACUUGAAUAGGAAGAUGGUGUGUGUGUUGGAGAAACUGAAGCGUUACACCCAGGAGAGAACUCUGCGCAUCCGACCACACGUCUUCCUCAGGGUCCUAAACUCUCUCCAGCCUUGGGAGCUGUGCUGUCCUGAACUGUGUGUGGCUAUAGAGGUUUAAAAGCCUCUCCACCCAGACUGGCGGAUUUAGCCUGAGGAGAGUAAAGAGGUCGGGCGUGACCUAAAGAAAACACCAGCGUAACUGACGCAUUACAGACAGGAUCAGGAAACUGAAGGUGGGGUUUAUUCCCUCAGCCAAGGUACAAGCGAGGCGUUACGUAAGGUAGACUUUCAUCUAUGUGAGUGUGUUUGGACAGGGAAGCCAUCUUGACCUGAUCAGUGUCUCACACACAGUCACAGCUUUUAUCUUAUCUCCUCUUCUAGAGCAGGACACACGUGAUGAAGUGUCACAGGGCGAUUUGACCCAUUGUUGUGAUCGAAAGUCAGCUGUAUUG